AUGCUUUCCUCUUCCAUUUGCAAUCCGAUUGUCCUUGUGUAUAAAAGAAAGUUUCAAGAAGAUUUUUUUUUUAAUAUUUGUCAUUCCAAUAGAUAAUUUAGGCAAGUAUAUGGUGAAUCAGUCUAAGAACAAGUUCAGCAUGAAGACCAAGUAUGGAGCAGCACUUGCACCUGUCUUCCUCCUUGCUGGUGCAUAUGUCGCUUGGAACUACAUAAAUCAUGGUUUGUGGAGAAAGAAAGACGAUAAAAAUAGUCAUCGGGAUAUCAGAAAACGCGUUUCAGAACAAAGAAGAGAUGGUAAUGCUAAAAACAUGGGUAAGGAGGCUUCUUCAGGAAGAGAUGAAAGAACCCUCUCAAAAUCUGUUUCAAUGGGAGCUAUUCGAGGAGGAAAAUUAGCACUACAGAGAUUGCUUGAUUUGCACUCAUACCGCGUUGAUACUUCUUCCCUUGCGAAUGCUGAGAUAGAAUUUGAAGCAUUGCUUUCCAAGGAAAACCCUGACUUUGGGUUGCUUCAGAGAGACAUUGUGAAAAUGGAAAUGAGUGGAAAAGAAGCAAACGGAGUGGAGCUAUUGAAGAAAGCACUGGAGAAAGCAAGAAAAGAAGGGAAAGGUCACGAGGCUUAUGAGAUUGAGAUGUUGCUUGUGGAGAUGUUGAUCUACUUGGGAAACAUUGAAGAGGCUUCAAAAUGUAAGUGUUUAGAGGAUGAAGUCAUAACAGAUGCAAGACGUCCUCUAUAUCAGUCUAUAAUCCAUUACCUUCGAGGUGAUCCUAUGAAGCAAGUAGAGGAGACAUUCAACAGGUUCAGAGAUAUUCAAAUUGGUCUACAAUGGCCUGGAAGCUCAGAAGAAUGUGAGAUUGAACAAGUCACAUUUGAUGAGUUCAAGAAAGUUAUGGAGUCUCUCAAGCAAGAAAUCGAAGACGGCAACAAAAGAAAAUUGAAGUUAAUCAAAGAUAAAACGAUCGAUGGAAGAUAAACUUCAAUAAUUUCAAGAAAUAUAUAGUGUUAUUAUUCAAGAUUUGGUACAUAAAUAAUGAUACUCUUGAAACAAUACAUCAAACUAGACCCAAAAACAUCUAAUAUUUUCAUGUUGAAACAAAUUUGAAUAUAUGUAUGCUGAAAAAUAUGAUCAAGAAAGGAAAUAAUGUAUCAUAUAAAUAAAUCAAAACUAAAUUGGCACAA